GUCAAAGUUUAAAAAGUUUGACUACAAAAGUCAAACUGAGAAAUUAAUUUUAGAACAGAGGGAGUAUUUUUAUAUCACAUUGUCAUUAUACUCUUAUUUUAGUCUUAAAAAUCUUAUGACUCAUAUUUUGAUAUUUUCAUACACUCUAUUUUUUUUACUCCUAUCCAAAUUCCUUAUUUCAAAACUCAUCAAAACUAGCCCUAAAAAUUCGUUUAUUUUUGCUUUCUUUUUUAAGCCGUGAAGAACAUUAUUAGUCUAGGCCUAGAAGCAGCAGUAGAUGUGCUCGGCUAUCAAAAUCGCUUCUUCACUUCUCCAACCACUGGAAUCUGCUGCUGCUGCUUCUUCUCCUUCAACCUCUUCGUCCACUAUUCUGUUUCCUGGGGAUAAUCGUAAUCGUUCGAAGAAUCUCGCUCUUCCCUCUUACAAGUGGCGCCUGGUGGUUUCCUAUGAUGGAACCCGAUUUUCAGGUUGGCAAUAUCAGCCAUCAAUACCAACAGUGCAGUGCAUUUUGGAGCAGGCUUUAACUCGAAUUACAAAACUAGAGCGCAAAGAUCUUCAAUUAGUUGGUGCAGGAAGAACUGAUGCAGGAGUUCAUGCUUGGGGCCAGGUGGCACACUUUAUUACACCUUUCAACUUUGACACCCUGGAUGGCAUCCACAGAUCGAUAAACGGUUUGCUUCCAUCUGAUAUUAGAGUCAGAGAAAUUAGCGCAGCAGCCCCUGAAUUCCACGCGCGUCUUUCUGUGAUUAGCAAAACUUAUGAGUACAAGGUGUACAAUGACACCAUUAUGGACCCCUUCCAGAGGUUAUAUGCUUACCACAGUAUUCAUAAACUUAAUGUUGAUGCCAUGAGAGAUGCUGCAAAAUAUUUGACAGGUAAGCAUGACUUCUCCGCUUUUGCCAAUGCAUCAAAGGAUAGACGAGUGAGUGAUCCCGUGAAGAACAUCCUUCGCUUCGGUGUGAUUCAAACGGGACCAAUACUGCAGCUGGAGGUUGAAGGAUCUGGUUUUCAUUAUAGACAAGUUAGAAACAUGGUGGGCUUGUUGCUUCAAGUUGGAAGGGAAGCAGUUCCUCCAGACAUUGUUCCCAAGAUUUUGGAAUCUGGUGAUAGAAAGCAGCUUGCAAAGUAUGCAUUGCCAGUGCCAGCAAAUGCUCUCUCUCUUAAGACUGUCAAGUACAAAGAAGAACAUCUUCACCUCCCACCGGGCAGCCCGAUGACCAGUUUUGGUAUGCAUCAUUCCAUAAGAACAUGUAAGCUGCCAUGUUUUUGAGUGACGGAUAUCUGCCCAGAGCUGCCCUGUACUGCUAUCAUUGUUUUAUUUCAAUGAUGUAAUUAAUUCCCCAUGUUUGGUGAAAGGAAAUGUAGGUUUAUAAUAAUAUGCCUUUCAUCCUGGCAAACAUACUGGUCAUUGUAAAAGGUUUACUCUAUUAUGCCUCUCAUUCUUGUAAUUUAAGUGAACAAUGCAACUUCGAGGGUGUUUUUUUGUACCGAUACUUAUUGAUUUAUUAUUCAUAAACAAUUUUUAACUUA